AUAGUAUUCUUUCUUUCGUCAAGUGCGGGACUACAAUGGCUUAGCUUCGAGUCAGUCUAUGUGUAGUUACCGGUCUCUAACGUCGGAAAAAGGCACUGUUUUUGCUAGUUUCUUUCAUAUAUUCAUCACUAUCAUCACCAUAUAUAUCUUCUGCCUUCUUUCAGACAUAUAUAAAUAAAUCGUCAUGUUCCUUGAUAGAUUCUUACUCCGAUUGUUCCACUACUUGCUGUCGUUCGUCUCCUGUAUCUACGACUGGUGGUUGAAAAUACUACAGCUGCGCUUUCUUGUAUUUGCUGGUAACAGUGGAUUUAGUAAUUUCCACGGCUUUCUCUAUUUUGUCAAGCACAUCUUUAGUUGUUUUAGGGACAGAAGAAAGUCGUCAACAAUAACAUCAAGAACGUUGACUACCACAACCUCCACGACGGCGACACCUUUGCAAUUGAAUCGCAUCCGAUGUGAUAGUAAAGAACUGAAGAAAUUGCCAACCAGUCUCGGCUUGGCCCUUAACGAGAGAGACGUGUCUUCUUUAGACAUAUGUAACAUUGUUCUAUGGUCAUUGGUUAUGGGAAUUCCUUACAUCAGCAUUUAUGAUAUCAAAGGUGAUUUAAAACGAAACAGCAUAACUUUACAAAAUGAACUCUUGAAAAAGAAACAUGAAUUAUUUGGUCCUGAAGCAAAUAUGUACGAAAUCUUUGUCAACCCCAGUUCAUCUUUAACAGAAUUACCAAAAUGUGGCAAACAAAUUUUGGUGAAUAUUCUCUCGCUUGAUGAUGGUAGGCAGUCUUUGGUACAUAUAGCACAACAUCUCAGUGAACAGGUUUUACAAAAGCAGUUGAAAAUAUCUGAUAUAAAUCCUGAAUUGAUAGACAGAUUUUAUAAAAUUACAUAUGGUUGUCCAGCACCGGAUCUUAUCAUCCGAUUUGGCAAAACAGAAUCCUUGUUAGGAUUCUCUCCAUGGCAAUCACAGUUCUCAGAAAUAUUAUCUUGUCCAUCACAUGUAGGUUUGGAUUACCUAACAUAUCUUAGCACUUUAAUAGACUAUGCUAAUUCAUCACAGCGCUGCGGUAAAUAAAGAAAUGACUUGUUUCCCAUUCCCAUCUCUCUUCUCCUCCUCUUGUUUCUCUGUAAAGCUGUUCAAAGGUUUAA